UUUUAUCCUGUUCCCUAAUUUUAUCGCACUAUGUCAAACGAUCAUGUAGACGUCGACUUAGACAUACUCUGCUUAGAUUUUACAAAUUUCAUAUUAUGAGAAACCUUCAAAUUCUUUUUGGAUUUCUUAUAUUUAAUACCAGAGAGGUUCAGCUGCUCGCAAGAGGAAUAUGUACGCCUCUCAAUUCACAAACCAUCGUGUGCUGUGAAAGCUACCAACUAAAUGAGGCUAGGGAUGGUUGUAAAGAGUGUGACCCUGGGUACUUUCAGCACAAUUGUACACGUAAAUGCCCGGAUGGUUCCUUUGGUGAACUUUGUAGAAAUCAAUGUAAAUGUAAACCAGGUCAGCUGUGCGACCAUGUGAUCGGCUGUAAGGAUGUUUCACACACUGUUGGAACAUCAAGUCAAGAUCCUGUUGGACACUGUCCGGAUAAUGAGAAUGGAUGCUGUAAUAACUAUUACAAUAACGGUACUGAGUGCAUAGAGUGUUCUCCAGGAUAUUUUGGUUACGAUUGCUCUGAACCAUGUCCGGCGGGAUAUUAUGGAGAACUUUGUGCAUCUGAGUGUACAUGUAAUCUGUCUCUGUGUGACCGUGUGACUGGCUGUAGUAAUGCCGGAUCAAACACGGAAGAAGACGAAUCUAUUUUUUCAUGGAAUAGUUAUGUGUUGCCAACAGUGACAGCAGUGGGAAGCUUAAUUGUUCUUUUUCUUAUUGGUAUUGGAUUAUUUUUUUAUUGCAAAAGAAGGAACGUGAAAAAAGGAUACGAGCCAAAACAUAUUAACAGUGCCUCUCAGCGGCAGGCUUCUUAUAGGGAGGACCAGGCUGGGAGGAGUCAAUGUAACACCCAAGAAACCCCGCCAUGUGAACCACGCGUGACCUGCGGACAGAUGAGUGGACUCUUCCCAGAUAAUUCUGAAAAUCCAUAUGCACAAAUUUCGGAUACAGCUAGGUUGAUGCCAAGAACGAAGCAUAUCCCAAAGGAAGUCGGUAUUCCAAAAGCUCCGAUGACCACGAGUCAACCCACUGCAAAGUGUGAGGAUUUCACCUCAUACGAUGUUCUUAGUUUGAAAGCAAAAGGCAAAAAAUCAGACAUGUGUUUAAAGCAAAAGCAAAAGACAGAGUUCUCAGGAGUUAAGUAUUCUAAGAAUCCUCCGCCUCCUAUUGUCAAAAAUAAACCUCUACCCCCAAUUAUUUCACCCAAUCCUGACAAGCGGAAAAGUUUUCUUUUUCCUGACGACACGUCUGAUUAUCUAACACAAGAACCACUUCUUUCAAAUGAUAGGUCUAGUGAAGCGGAAAUAAAGGCACUCCCGCCUCCUCCAGCACCCCCUUCUGCUCAUAGCAAUGGUUUGCGUUAUAAACCUAAAAAGGGAAAGAAACCACCCCCUCUACCCAGAAAACCACCAAGUAAUUCGGAUAUCUAUCGCGAUGAUAGCAAUAGCGAGGGCAACGCUGCACACGAUGGUAUAGUGAGCAUGAGAACAGACAAUGAAACAGAAAGUAAAAGUAAAAAUAAGAGAACCAGUUUCUUGAUGCCAAAAAAAUUUCUCAGAAAUGAACCUUCAAUGAAAACUACUCUUAAAAAGGAUAUGCUUAACAGACGAAAGACGAAUGGCAUGUCGUACAAUCUAUCGGGUCUGUUAGAUGUAGACGAAAUGCCACCACCUGACUUCAGUGACGACGAAGAAGCGAGGGGUAGUGCCCAGCCCCAGUAUCCGGGGGCUGAGGUUCACAUGAACCCCCUACGGAAGUGUCAGACUGUCAUAAAAAACAAGAUGAAUAGAAUAAGUGCACUUAAGUUCGCGAGUAGUACCUUGGACAAUCUUAGAUACAGCUUUGCACGACCUCAACAUUAGCUUUAACAGAGUGAACAUUAGAACAUUGCAAAACCCUUUGUUCAAAAUAUAUUUAAUUUCUAUUUAUAUAUAUAUAAAGAUGAAAUUAUACAUAUAUCCUAUUAAUUUCUUUGAUAAAAGCACAAACCAGUUGUUUCCCGAUACUAGUAUUAAAUAUUUUCUCAGCUACUUUCAUUAAUUAUCAUUGGUCUGAAGUAUAUAUAUCUGUCUGAUCUCUAUUUAUUCACAGGAAA